GUCUGUCCGCCCCGGGCUCCUGUAGAGAACCCGGAAGUGGAGUUUCUUUACCCCCCGCCCCCCCUUGUCCACCCGGCCCCCGGCUUUGGUCCGGGCCAAGAUGGCGAAGCUGCUGAGCUGUGUGCUGGGGCCGCGGCUCUACCGGGUCUAUCGGGACCGGGAGCCGGCCAGGCCCUCCCGAGAUGGGGACGAGGCAGCCGAGGGGGCCCAGGAUGGUUCUUGGGAGUCGUACUACCAGCCGCGGACACUGGAGAAACACGCUGACAGCAUCCUGGCCUUGGCGUCGGUGCUCUGGUCUAUUUCCUAUUACACUUCCCCCCUGGCUAUGUUCUACUUGUACCGAAAAGGAUACCUGACCAUGUCGAAGGUGGUUCCUUUCUCGCACUACGCUGGGACCAUGCUGCUCCUUUUGGCCGGGGUCGCCUGCCUGAGAGGCAUCGGGCGCUGGACCAACCCCCAGUACAUCCAGUUCAUCACCAUCCUGGAAGAUAGCCACCGCAUCGGCACCCCGGAAAUCAAGAAGAAACUCGCCAGCUACAACUUCGACUUCAGGAGCUGGCCCGUGGACUUCCGCUGGGACGAGGUCACUAGCCGGUCGGACUCCCGGGGCGUCUCGCUGCUGCGGCCGGAGCCCAAACACCGGAGCGCGGCCAACGGCUUCCUCCACGCCAUCAAGAAGCUGCCCUGCCAGAUCGCCAGCUACAUCGUGGCGCACACGUUCGGGCGCAGGAUGCUGUAUCCCGGCUCCGUCUACCUGCUGCAGAAAGCCGUCAUGCCCAUGCUGCUGCAGGGCCAGGCCCGCCUGGUGGAGGAGUACAACGGGAAACGAGCCAAGCUGUUAGCCUGCGAUGGCAAUGAGAUUGACACGAUGUUUGUGGACCGUCGGGAAAGCUCCGAGCCCCACGGCAAGAAACUGGUGAUCUGCUGUGAAGGCAACGCUGGAUUCUAUGAGGUCGGCUGCCUACCCACCCCCCUAGAUGCCGGCUACUCGGUGCUCGGAUGGAACCACCCCGGCUUCGCUGGCAGCACGGGCAUCCCCCUGCCGCAGAACGAGGCCAACGCCAUGGACGUGGUGAUGCAAUACGCCAUCCACCGGCUGGGUUUCCUGCCCGAGGACAUCGUGGUGUACGCCUGGUCCAUCGGGGGCUUCACAGCCACGUGGGCGGCCAUGUCGUACCCGGACAUCAGCGCCCUGGUGCUGGACGCCUCCUUCGACGACCUGAUCCCCCUGGCGCUCAAGGUCAUGCCAGAGAGCUGCAGAGGGCUGGUCACCAGGACGGUGAGGCAAUACCUGAACUUGAACAACGGCGAGCAGCUUUGCAGAUACCAGGGGCCCGUGUUGCUGGUCAGAAGAACGAAGGAUGAAAUUAUCACAACCACGGUCCCGGAAGAUAUCAUGUCAAACAGGGGGAAUGACCUGCUGCUGAAACUCCUCCAGCACCGGUACCCCAAGGUGAUGGCCGAGGAGGGGCUGCGAGUCGUCCGGGAAUGGCUAGAAGCUUCUAAUGCUGUGGAGGAAGCCUCGGUGUACAGCUCCUACGAGGUGGACGAGGACUGGUGCCUGUCCGUGCUGAGCUCCUACCAGGCCGAGCGCGGCGGCCACUUCCCAUGGAGCGUGGGGGAGGACAUGACGCCCGAGGGGCGACGGCAGCUGGCCCUGUUCCUGGCCCGGAAGCACCUGCGGAACUUCGAGGCGACACACUGCACCCCACUGCCCCCCCCAGCCUUCCGUUUGCCCUGGCACUUGUAGCCGGGGGCCCCCCCGUCAUGCCCAUCGAUUGCACUGACACCCCCCCCGUCGGUCUGUUUUAUAUGGAGCCGGGUGCCCCCCUCCCUGCUGUGUGACCCGCCCCCCCCGCCUGCCGCACGC